AUGCUCGCCCUCUUCAUCGCUCUCCUCGCCACAAUCAUCCUCACACCGGAAGCUGUUGCCAGUGGUCAGUAUACUGUCUGGUCAAGUGUGAUCUUUGCGCGAUCAGGCGAACGUACACCAGAAGUCCUUGGCUACAUACCCACGACACUCACGUCCUAUGGCGCCAAUCAAGCUCACGAUGUCGGGAGCUUCUUUCGUGAACGCUACAUCUCGUCCGCCGGGAGUCCAGACAGCACUAGUUACGGACCGCUGCAAGGCUUGAGCGCCAACACAUUAGAUUCGCUGCAGUUGUAUUUCCAUGCCUUGGACGAGCAGUACACGAUGGCGAGCGCGCAAGCCUUUGUGCAGGGACUGUAUCCUCCUUUCACUCUGAACGCGAGUGUCGCGCGACUGCUGGACCCGACGAGCAUUCUGGCGAACAGCUCUUAUGUCGAGUCGCCCCUGCAGGGCUACCAGUAUGCAGAGAUCCAUAACUCAGGCGGUCUAGACGCCGCUUUCCCAUAUAUCGGCGGAUCGUUAGACUGUCCAGCGUUCGACACAGCAGCCCUCCAGACUACAAAUCUACCCGACUUCGCACUCACUCAAGCUGCGGGCCACGACCUGUACCAGGAGAUCGGCCAGCUCUUGCUGUCCGAUGUCCUAGACUCAGAUGCAUGGGACUACUUCAACGCCUACGCCAUCUACGACUACCUCAACUACCUCUACGCGCAUAACAGUACCGCCAAAACGAUCCUCGAUCAGCAAAGUCCCGUCUCCAGAAUCACGAAUGCCUCGUAUAUUCAGCAGCUGCGCUGGUACGCUGAUAGCCAGCAGUACAGCCAGCUCGGUAAUCUUACAGCCACAAACAAUUAUAGCGGCACUUCGCAGCCCUUCGCCGCGAUGACCACGGGCAGUAUUUCGACGAUAGCUGGGAAUAUGCUGGCAGCUAAGCUGCUGUCUCAAUUACAGAUCGCCAUCGCUACGGCUGGAGACUUCUACAAGCUCUCUGUCCUCUUCGGCGACUUCGAGCCUUUGCUCUCGUUCUUUGCGCUCGCUCGUCUACCUGAACUCAACAGCAACUUCUACGGUAUCCCCGACUUUGGCUCCGUCAUUGUCUUUGAAUUGUUCUCAUAUACGAACUCCAGUAUGGCUGCCCCAGUUUUCCCAGGCACGGAGGAUUUGUGGGUGAGGUUUUGGUUCAGGAACGGAACAGGUGGGAAUGGGGAUGUUGGAGGCAAUUUCCAGAGUUAUCCUAUCUUUGGGCGUGGGCCGAGUGAGACGGAUAUGACGUGGAAGGAGUUUGAGGAGGGGAUUAGUGAGAUUGCUGAGGGUGACAUUGGGACUUGGUGUACGCAAUGCGGUGCACAGAACCUCUUCUGCGCUGCAUGGAAUAGCUCCGAUGCUCUGACAAGCGACCCUGCUUCCUCAUCCUCCUCCUCAUACCAUCAUCAUUACCGUCACGGCAUGAAACCAGCAGUAGCGGGAGUAGUCGGCGCCAUCAUCACCCUCGCAUUCGCCGCUCUCAUCUUCGCCGCUGCUAUGCUAAUAGGUGGCCUUCGCUUCCACCGCGUCGAGAAUCGAAGGAAGAACGAAAUGGGCGGCUUCAAAGGAGGACAUAAAAUGGCUUCGGACAAGGACCUUACAAUCACAAAAGGUGGAGCGACGGUCGUGGGCGCUAGUAUAGACCGGAGUGGAAGUCCUGUCAGUGCGAUGGGAAAUGAGAGGGUGGGGAGCUGGGAGUUGAAGCAGAAGCAGAGUUCUGGUCAUAUGGAGGGGGACAGGAAGCCGAGCUUUGAGAGCGAGAUGAGAAUUGAUCCGUUUCGGGAUCCUGUGAAAGCUGAUGAGAGGGUGUGA